AUGACAAUCUCUUACACACUUGAGGUGGCAGAUGCCAGGUUUGCUGGCUUCUCCAAAUUGCUUUUCAGGUGGAAAGGGAGCAUCUACAAGUUACUGUACAAGGAAUUUUUGGUCUUCAGUUUCCUAUAUGGCUUCUUCAGUAUUGUAUACAGGUGCUUACUCAAUUCAUAUCAGCAAGAAUUGUUUGAGAAAACGGCCAUUUACUGCAAUCAAUUCACUAACCUUAUUCCCAUGUCAUUUGUUUUAGGCUUCUAUGUCACCUUGGCCUUUAAUCGCUGGUGGGGUCAGUACACCAGCUUUCCCCUGCCGGACAAUCUGAUGAUGGUUGUGUCUGGGAACGUGCACGGAACAGACGAGCGAGGACGCAUGCUACGCCGCACGCUCAUGAGAUAUGCAAACCUGUCGUCCGUCCUCAUCCUGCGCUCCAUUAGCACUCGAGUGCGCAAGCGUUUCCCUACUUUAGACCAUGUAGUGGAUGCAGGCUUUAUGACACGAGAAGAGCAGACAAAGUUGGACAGUUUGCACUCGGACUUCAAUAAGUACUGGAUGCCGUUGGCAUGGUUUGCAAACCUUGCGGCGCAGGCACGUAAAGAAGGACGCGUGAGGGAUGAUGUGGCUCUGAGACUUCUCAUGGAUGAACUGAAUAACUACAGAGCUAAGUGCAGCUUGCUUUUCCAUUAUGACUGGAUCAGUAUUCCACUUGUCUACACUCAGGUUGUUACACUUGCAGUCUACUCCUUCUUCGCUUUCUGUCUGAUAGGGCGACAAUUUCUCAACCCCAGUAAAGGUUACAAAGGUCACGAUCUGGACAUGUACGUUCCUGUUUUUACACUGUUGCAGUUUUUCUUCUAUGCUGGCUGGCUUAAGGUUGGGGAACAGAUCAUCAAUCCUUUUGGUGAGGAUGAUGACGACUUUGAAACAAAUCAACUGAUUGACCGAAACAUUCAGGUGUCAAUGCUGGCUGUAGAUGACAUGCACCAGAACCUGCCCUCCAUUGAGAAAGACAAAUACUGGACAGAGGAGUGCUUUGCCCUGCCAUACACUGUAGUUACAGCCAAAGAGACCCUGAAGCCUGCCUUCAUGGGCUCAGCCUUUGACAUGAGGAUGAGUGAGGACCCCGCUCAGCACCAGAUGGUAGAGACUCCCAUGACCCCCCGCAUCCAGACGCCUAGGAUGGGCUACUACAAAGCCGUUGCUGCUUCGCCAGCCCCCAGCCUGAAGAGCUUUGCACGUGGGGGGCGAGGGCAGCCGCUGCUGCGGCUCAGAGGGGAGAGCUUUAACUCGGAUCGAGAGCGCAUUGAUGAGGACAGCGAGGACGAAGCCAAGGAAAACCAGGAACUCACCACUGCUCCCCAGAAGCCCAAGCGCCUGGAGGCCUCAGAGCAGCAGAAGAAGCGGGAAGGGGUACAAGUUAAUAUUACAGGUGACCCCCCCAAUGAUGAAAGUCAGCAGACAAAUGUCUGAAUUACUCAACCUACUCAACUAAACCUGAUUCUUCUUGUAUUGCAGUUUAGCAUGUAACCAAAUUGGACACCAAUGUUACCAGUUUAAGACAAAUGCCUACUACACUUCUCAAUCUUUACUCAAGUAUUUGGUACAAAGCCUAAAUCUAAUACUCCAUCUCAAAAUUUUUUUCAUGUUCCACAAGGAAUCUUGUGAAAAUCCUG